AUGUCACUCGCGAGACAUGUGGCGGGCGCCUUAUCUAAGCGGCGGAGGCCAAGUUACAGGUACUCAGCCCUGGAAAAGCCCACAUCGGUACGGCUGCUGCAGCUCUCACCCAAAACCGACGACUACCUCAUUCAUUGCACCCUGAUCGAGGUCAACCUCUCCUCAAACCCGUCUUACGAAGCCCUUUCGUACACAUGGGCCAUCGACAGCGAUAUCUCUGAGCCUCGCACCGGCGGCCCUUCAAGGACGGUAAUUUGCAACGGCGCGACACUUGACGUCUUCAAGAACCUGCACAAUGCGCUCUCCCAACUGCAGGAGCUCGGCUGGACGUCGACGCCCAUCUGGAUAGACGCCAUCUGCAUCAACCAGCGCGAUGACACAGAGAAAAGCGCGCAGGUCAACAUGAUGGGCGACAUCUUCCGUGCCGCAGAGCGUGUAGUCGUUUGGUUGGGCAAGUCCUCGUAUGCCACCGACAUCGCGCUUGCAAAAGCACGCCCGUUCUUCACCGACGGAAUCUUGCCGCAAGACGUUUCGUCUAACUGGGCGGCAGUCUCCAGCCGCGGCGCUGUCUUGGUCGCCUACGAGGCGCUGAACUGGGUUCUGUCGCGGGGCUGGUUCGGGCGUGUCUGGACGCUGCAGGAAGCGGCGCUGGCUCGCGAGACGGUGUACCUGCUGGGCUCGCAGACGGUGCCAUUCGAUGAGCUGCUGAAUUGCAGCGGGCACGCCUGCACGCUCGAGGCGGCCGUGACGGAGGCGCGGAACCGCCGCGCGGUGGAUGGGCGCGACAACCUGUUCGGCGUGCUCUCGCUGUGCGACCCGGAGGAUGCGGCCGGCCUGGCUGCCGACUACCAGAAGUCGGUCCAGGACGUCUUCUGCGAAUGCGCCGCGGCGCUUCUGCGAAGCAAGAACACGGGGCUCACCCUGCUUUCGAUGGUAGGCCAGAUACGCCACGGCUACGACCUCGCGUACGCCUUCCACUCGAAGUACAUCGACCAGUUCAGGCCGGAGAAGGGAUUUGUGACGGACCUGCCCUCGUGGGUCCCUGACCUCAGUGCUCCGGCAAGACCAGUGCCCCUACGGAACUUGUCGGCGAUCGAAUUUUCCGCUGCCGGGUCGGUUGAGCCCAAAUUCUCUAUCACCGGCAGCAAGGGGAGGGUAUUAGAGCUCAAAAUUACUGUCUUGGACACCAUUUCGGCCACAGGCGACUGCCGCUCGGCCCGGCUCGUCAGGCCCAUCUGGCGAUUCUUGCGGCUCCUACGGAAUCUGCCGCGUCACUCUGAGGGAAUAUACCUACCUACCGGCGAGCCUAUAGUGUCGGCGCUCUGGAGAACGCUUGCGGCCGGGGCAACGCACGCCAUGGACGAUCCGGAUGAGCAGACCAUUGACGAUCCAGACGAAAACGCCACGGAAGAGCCGGAGAAACACACCUUGGACCAGCCGGGCGCUGACGAGGACGAUGCUGACACGGCGCUGGAAAUCGAGCUCACUGACAGCCACUUCGUGGAAUGGUUUGCCAUCUUCGCCGAAGAAACAUGCACGCUCUCCGAAAUGAAAAUGCGCGAUGGCAUUUUGAAGGAGCAGGAUGAUAACGACCUAGAUCUGGGCGCUGAGCCCGACGACAGACACCGCCUCGGUCUCCGGGAGCUCCUUCGCGACAAGGAGAUGGAAAAGCUGGACCGCUACAAGAUCCAUGCCAUUCGGGAGUUCCUGGCCUCGUUCGACUCGCCCGCCUACGGGUUUCGGGAGGCGAUUAGGCUGAGGCACGAGCGGUUCAAGGGGAUGAGCAGGGUAGAUGUCGAGGUCGAGCAGAAGCUGUGGACCAGCAAGGACCCGCUGUUCGAAGACGUAUUUGAGAAGUUUUAUGCCGACCGGAGAAUGUUCUCUACUAAGAAAGGGUACCUGGGAACGGCUCCAUGGACAGCGGUAGAGGGGGACGUCGUUAUGCUGGUAGCCGGGGCGAGUGUGCCCUAUGUGUUCAGGCCGUCAGAGAGGACCAAGGGUGGAUGGGAGUUGGUGGGCGAGGCCUAUUGUCAUGGAUUCAUGUUCGGUGAAGGGACAAAGAUCGAGGGUAAUGAUUUUCAGACGAUUAUUGUUGUGUAA